AUGCUCCAGCAACCUGUUGUUCGAGAACUUCGCUCGUUUCAAUCUUUGUCUCGAUUUUCUGGACCUCGUGCAUUGGUUAAUCGACGGCAGUCUAGUAUCAAUGCACGCCGAUAUUCGCAUUCAAGGCAACGAGCAGCCGAUUUUUCCAUUGAUGAACAGGUAUUUGUUAAUCUAUUCCAAUUUCUUUAUUAUUCAUUUUAUAUUUUAUCAUAUCUAAGCGAUCAACGGCGGCAUGCACAAGUGGAAUGGAGUGAAGAAGCUGAUUUUAUUGAUGAAGAAUGUGAACUACCCUAUCCUGGUUUCGUGGAACCAGCUUUGCAUUGCUUAUAUCAAGCAAACCCUCCUCGAAGCUGGGCAUUACAAAUGGUAAUGAAUCCAUGGUUCGAUCGUAUCACUAUGUUUGUUAUUUUAAUUAACUGUGUAACUCUUGGUAUGUACCGGCCAUGUGAAGAUGGACCUGACUGUACAACAUAUCGAUGCUAUAUAUUAUCAAUAAUUGAUCACUCCAUAUUUGUCUAUUUUAGUUUAGAAAUGAUUGUAAAAAUAAUUGCGCUCGGAUUCUGUGGCCAGGCAGCCUAUUUGUCAGAUACAUGGAAUCGUCUCGAUUUUUUUAUUGUUUGUGCAGGAUGUGCUGAAUAUUUACUUCAGGAAUACUUAGGUAAUAUUAAUCUUACUGCUAUUCGUACGAUUCGAGUUCUUCGACCACUACGAGCAGUCAACAGGAUACCAUCGAUGCGUAUUUUAGGUUUAGAAAUGGUAGAGGGAAUCAGAAAAAAAAACGAGAAACAAAAAUACAUUCAUGAAACAAAAAUUUUUAAUUGUUGUUUUUAUAGAUUACCUCAGAUAUUUCAAUCAGUUUUUAAAUUAAUAAUUGAAGAAACAUCAUUAGAUUAUAUUUGUAGUCAAAGCGAUUCCUCUGGUUUGCAUACGUGCCAUAAUCUACCUCCAUAUAAAGUCAAUGGAAUAAGGUGUAAUUUGACAAUAAAUGAAUGGAGUAAGGUAUCAGAUAAAUCUUGUAUAAACUGGAAUAUUUAUUAUGACGAAUGUAAAGUAAUGAAUCGAAAUCCGUUUCAAGGAUCUGUUUCGUUUGAUAAUAUCGGAUUCGCAUGGGUUGCUAUAUUUUUGGUAAUCAGUUUAGAAGGAUGGACGGAUAUAAUGUAUUAUGUGCAGGACGCUCAUUCGUUUUGGAAUUGGAUAUAUUUCGUCCUUUUAAUUGUGGUUGGGGCGUUUUUUAUGAUAAAUUUGUGCUUGGUUGUGAUUGCUACUCAAUUUGCUGAAACAAAAAGGCGCGAAACUGAGCGUAUGUUAGAAGAACGCAAACGAAUGCGAUCAUCAGGAUCAUUAUCAGGAAGUGAGAUUGGUGUUACAUCUUCGAAAGAUGGUGGUGCCGGUGAUAGCAUUUAUGCUGCGAUUGUUAAAAUUAUACGCCACCUUUCAAGAAGAGCAAAAAGAAAAGCAAUAAGAGUUUGUGUGAAAACUCUAGAAUCAGAUAAAAUGAAAAAGGGAUCUCUUUUUAUUCGAGUGCGGAUGAAAAUUCGAGAAUUUGUUUUAUGUAAUCAUUUUAAAAGAGGAAUUUUAUUUGCUAUUCUGGUAAAUACUCUCAGUAUGGGUGUUGAAUACCAUGAACAGCCUGAAAUAUUGACAAUGAUCCUAGAAUGCAGUAAUUAUUUUUUCACGGGUCUUUUUGCACUCGAAAUGUUGCUCAAAAUAAUCGCUGAUGGCCUUUUCGAUUAUCUUUCUGAUGGCUUUAAUUUAUUUGAUGGUGGAAUCGUUGCUUUAAGUGUUAUCGAGUUGUUUCAAGAAGGUAAAGGAGGCUUAUCUGUUUUAAGAACAUUUCGCCUUCUUAGAAUAUUAAAACUCGUCAGAUUUAUGCCCGCACUUCGCUAUCAGCUUGUUGUUAUGUUAAGAACUAUGGAUAAUGUCACUGUGUUUUUCGGCCUUCUGAUUCUUUUCAUUUUUAUAUUCAGCAUUCUUGGAAUGAAUUUAUUUGGAUGUAAAUUUUGCAAGAUUGAAGAUACUAUCAAUAGUGGUCAUAUUAAAAGAUGUGAAAGGAAGAACUUUGAUUCUUUGCUUUGGGCACUUGUAACCGUAUUUCAGAUUUUGACUCAAGAGGACUGGAAUAUGGUUCUCUUCAAUGGUAUGUCACAGACCUCUCCAUGGGCAGCUUUAUAUUUUGUGACCUUGAUGACUUUUGGUAAUUACGUACUUUUCAAUCUACUUGUUGCCAUUUUAGUUGAAGGAUUUCAAGAAAGUAAAGAAGAAGAAAAACGUCAAUUAAAUCGACACACGUCACUUGUUUUACCUCGUUCAAGACAAAGAAUGAACAGUUGGUGUGAGCUUUAUGCUACUUUCAAUCCGAAUUGUCCAAUCCAUAAUAGACAAGCGCUUCUCGAAGCAUAUGUGAGAGAAAAACUGAUCAAGGCAAGUCAAGAGUUGCAUAAAGCUAUUGUGGACGAAGAGUUACGCGAGGAGAGACGAAAAAAUACCAGAUGGCGAAGAUUUCUUCGCAAUAGUUGUAUACAUAAGAGAUCUGACUAUUCUUUAUUCAUGUUCAGUCCGAAAAAUCGACUUCGAAUAAGAUGCCUUCAAUUAAUACAAAAAAAAUGGUUUGAUUAUGCAGUUCUAUUUUGUAUAGGAGUAAACUGUGUGACAUUAGCAAUGGAGCGUCCGUCUAUUCCUCCGAAAUCCUUGGAAAGACAAUUUUUAACUAUUAGUGGCUAUAUAUUUACCUGCAUUUUUGCUGUUGAAAUGUUCAUUAAGAUGAUAGCAAAUGGUUGUAUAUUUGGAAAAGGUUCAUAUUUUAAAGAUGGUUGGAAUAUUUUGGAUGGAAAUCUUGUAAUUAUUAGUCUUAUUAACAUAAUAUUCGAGCUGCUUGUACAUACAGGUUCACCAAAAAUAUUUGGUGUGAUUCGUGUUCUUCGACUUUUACGCGCUCUGAGGCCAUUGCGUGUAAUUAAUCGAGCACCCGGAGUAAAACUUGUUGUAAUGACAUUAAUUAGUAGCCUGAAACCGAUCGGUAAUAUUGUUCUUAUUUGUUGCACAUUCUUUAUCAUAUUCGGCAUUCUUGGAGUACAGCUUUUCAAGGGUAUGAUGUUUCACUGCAUUGGACCGGAGAUUGCUAACGUUACGACGAAAAGUGAUUGUCUGCAUGAUCCACGAAACAAAUGGGUUAAUCAUCGUUAUAAUUUUGAUAAUCUUGGUCAGGCAUUAAUGUCACUUUUUGUAUUAUCAAGUAAAGAUGGAUGGGUAGCCAUAAUGUACCAGGGAAUCGAUGCAACAGGUGUUGAUUUACAGCCCAUUGAAAAUUAUAAUGAAUGGAGGAUGAUUUAUUUUAUUUCAUUCCUAUUGCUUGUUGGUUUUUUCGUUCUGAAUAUGUUCGUCGGUGUUGUCGUUGAAAAUUUUCAUAAAUGUAAGGAAGCACUUGAAGCUGAAAUGAAAGAGCGAGCUCGACAGAAACGAAUCGAAAGAAGAUUAAAAGGAAAGGAUUCUAUAAAAAAAAAAUCAUUUUCAUAUUGGCGUGGUUAUGGACAAACAAGAUUGUUUCUUCAUGAUAUCGUUAUGUCAAAGUAUUUUGACUUGGCUAUAGCUGCAGUAAUCGGUAUAAACGUAAUAUCGAUGGCCAUGGAAUUUUAUAUGAUGCCACCUGGAUUGAAAUAUGUGUUAAAAGCGUUAAAUUAUUUUUUUACGGCCAUUUUCGCCCUCGAAUCUGGUAUGAAAUUAAUCGCAUUAGGCAUAAAACGUUUUUUCCGUGAAAGGUGGAAUCAGCUUGAUAUAUUUAUUGUUUUCCUUUCGAUAGCUGGAAUCAUAUUUGAAGAAUUUGAAGCACUGGAAUUACCCAUUAACCCCACAAUAAUAAGGGUUAUGCGAGUUUUGCGAAUUGCUCGUGUGCUAAAAUUAUUGAAAAUGGCAAAAGGCAUACGAUCUUUGUUGGAUACAGUAGGCGAAGCUUUACCUCAAGUUGGCAAUCUUGGUUCUUUGUUCUUCUUAUUGUUCUUCAUAUUUGCAGCUCUUGGUGUUGAAUUGUUCGGUAAAUUAGAAUGUUCCGAGGAACACCCAUGCGAUGGUCUUGGCGAACAUGCACAUUUUAAAAAUUUUGGCAUGGCAUUUCUAACACUCUUCCGCAUUGCUACGGGUGAUAAUUGGAAUGGCAUAAUGAAGGAUGCUUUACGUGAUGAUUGUAAUCCAUCUGACCGCUGUGAAGUAAACUGUUGCGUUGAUCCAAUUCUCGCACCAUGUUUUUUUAUAAUAUUUGUUUUGAUUUCUCAGUUUGUGCUUGUUAAUGUCGUAGUUGCCGUUUUGAUGAAACAUCUUGAAGAGAGCAAUAAAAAGGAAGAAGCUAUUGAUGGUAUCACAACUGAUACGGACAUAAACAAAACAGAUACAGACAUGGAAGACAAUCGAGAUUCUGCGAAAGAGAUUGUGCGUUAUUUUUUGAAUUUAUGCCCUAUCAUUGUUAUUUUAUUCUCUUUCAUAAUAUCAUUUGUGGUGAAGAAAUGA